GUUAUCGACAGAAAACGAAAGGAACAGCAUGGGAGAAACAGACAACGCCAAAACGGAAGUUUGUUCGGAUAUUUAUUUGGAAGCGUAGAAAGACGAUGAUGUCCUCUUUGAAGACCUUUGUUGGUUUUAAUCUAAUUUUACUUCAGGCUUUCUGCUUCAUAAAGGCCGCUUAUUCGGUCUCAACCGAACCGGAGGUUCGACGGUUCCGUGUCAGACGGCAGGUAUGUGCAGAUGGCACCUACCUGCAUGAUGGCAAAACCUGUUGUCAGUGUGCAGCUGGUCAACAUCUGAUUGAGCACUGCAAAACAUCUGCAAACGAUACACAAUGUGAAAUAUGUGAACCAGGGAGCACAUAUAGCAGUGACCCCAAUUCUAAGGACUUCUGUGAGCUGUGCACUUCCUGCUCUCAUGAAAACGCUAAUUUAGAAGUAGAGGAAUCCUGCACCAUUUACAGAGACACAAAGUGUAAGUGUAAGAAGGAUCACUACUGCACCAGUGGUACAGGAACCUGUAAAAUCUGCCAACCCUGUGACAAAUGUGAUUCCACCGGUGUUAAAGAACCCUGUUCAGCCACCAGUAACGCGGUUUGCAAUGAGGAAAGUAAAGGGUUAGGAGGUGGUCCAAUUGCUGGCAUUAUAAUCACACUUCUUGUUGUGGUUCUUGUUUGUGCUGGAUUAAUACUGUUCAGAAAAAAAAUACAGGAGCGAUUCACAAAGCGGUCAGACUCACCAAACACCUCUAACCCCGUGACUGACCCACUUCUUCCAGUGGACAUGGCUCCUCACCUAGAUGAUGUGGCAGAAAUACUCGGAUGGAAGGAUAUGAUGGCAGUAGCAAUGAGUAGUAAGAUGUCAGCUGCCAUUGAGAGUGCACAGUUGAGCUACCCGAAUGACAGUGAUAUGUGGACCAUAGAUCUACUGAAAAGAUGGGAGGAGAAGACGGGCAGGACUGCCUCAGUGGAGCUGAUCAAGAUCCUUCAAAGCAAAAACAAAAAGAGCAAAGCAGAGAAGAUCAGAGAAAAACUGUAUGGAGACAACCCUGCUACACAAAGUUGUUCUGUUUAAAUGGGUUUAUGAACUUUUAAAAACACUUUUUAAAAUUAGGAGGACUACUAUGGUCUGCACUGAUGGUACAUCUGGCUCAAAGGGACUCCACAUGUGUGCUUUCAACUUUUUUAGUGUUGUUUUUCUUUACUUUUCGUUGCACCAGUGAAAGGUGAAAACCUUCAAAUGAGUUCACACUGCACGCACUGGAUGAUUAAAAGAAACCGUCAGUUUAAAGAUGUCCUUUUACAAUCAUGUAAAAUGUCAACUGAAUUUUAGCAAUCAUGUUAUUACUCUUCUGCUACUGCUAAAGAUGAACGAUCCACACAAAUAACGGACAAAAUAAAAUCAAGUGGACAUCCCGCA